GGAAGGAGCUCUUCAUGUAUAGUCAAGCGAUCAGUGAAACAGUUUAAAAACUUGACCGAAAAGCUUCCCUGGCCGUGCUCUUCAUGCUCUGCUCUCUAUUUGAAUUCAAUAUUUGGAUAUGCACACAAAAAAACCACCCUAAAUAUCUGGCCACAGUCGAAACAUUUGACCGGAAUGAGUCCACCAUUUCAAGAUAACCAGGGGAACCAACAGAAGAAUGACUCUGAAGAAACCAAAUUGAGUGUUGAGGAAAAGGGAGGAACAUGCCAAAAUCCAGAUGUUCAUCAAGAGGAACAGGAAAAGUGUUGCAAGGUUCUUAUGUGCCAGCUGGUUCGACAGGGGAAUUCACAGCAACUAGACUUCGACAUUUUCUUCCUAUAUGGCACAAGACAAGAAAUUGAAACACAGAUCAAAAAAAUAAGGAGUGAAAAAACAUUUGAAAAACUAGUUCCAUUCCUGGAAGUUUCUCCAGAUGGUGACAACUAUACCUUUCAAGUUCCACUAUGUGGCCAAGGAUACAUAAAGUUAAAUGUCAACGUAAAUAGCAAAAUUUCUUGUGUCUGUUUUGACCAUAACAAGGUUUUGGUUUCGAUUCCUGAUAUUAAAGAAAAAAGUAGAAGGUGCAUAGAUGGAACAACUGCACACGAGAUGCGACUUCACGACCCUGACCUACCUGCCUGUGUGACAUUCUCUCUUCUUUGUAAAACAACAUCCCAGAUGCGAACGCCAACCAAUUUCAAAGUGGUUCUUAAAACAACAGAUCAAAAUGGCACUGAGAUAAUAAUUGGCAACCAUACAGUGGAGAAAGAUUUUCCAGCUUGUUUUUAUGCUACAAAUGAUGAAAUGUCACAAAAGAACCCAAAGGCAGGCAAUUCAUCAAUUUCUACAAGCGGCAAAAAAAUCUUGGAGGACAACCAUGACAAAAUAUGCAAGAUUCAAAAUUGGGCUCCUGUCAAGAAAUGGCUGGUAACUAAUGGGGUCCUAGAUAAGAAGUUUCUUAAUGAAAGCUCAUUAAGUGAGGAAAGUAAAGGUGAGAUCCUGCGACAUCUCUAUAAAGCUGAAAACAUCUUUCCCAAGUUCAUUGAAGCAUUAGAGACAACAGGUGGUAAUGAAGAAUUAGUCAAAUUAUUGCUUCAGUGCAUGGCAUCAAUGGAAAAUCAAAACUCUAGUUUGUAAUCAUGAGUUAUUUUACUUGCCCAUAAAAAAAAUUAAAGUGCUUAUGACGGUUUACAGUCAAUUCGCCCACGCCAAAUCGUCCACGUAUAAAAUCAUCGAACAUGCAUUUGCCAACUCACCCUCGUUAAAAUCACUUUAAAGAGAUAUCUAACCCUAUAUUAAGACUAAAUAAAGUAGUUCGUGAUUUACCAACCUUAUUACUUGACACUUAAGCUUAAGACUUCAAAACGCAAACUUUUUAUAUGCCAUAACUCGCUUAAACGAACGAAACAACUCAUAUAAAACCAAUGUAAAUGUCACUUUAGCCUGGCUUUUUAAA